AUGAUUACAACCUCUAAACUUGCAAAUCGAUCCUUUACUCAUUGUAUCAAUGACCGAAAACCCUUGAACUUGAUAGUUGAUACCGACCCAUUCAGCUAUAACGCUAAUACUACUUCCGCGAGCGCGACCCGAUACAACUCUGAAAUCUUUAUGGGAAUAAUGAUCGAUACCGGUACCUCUGAAAAGUCUACAGCUGGAUAUGGCCAAUUCCAGGCACUUCAGAACACAGAAAACAUUACAUUAGAUACCUCGACAGCUGGUCAGUUUGGCAAAUCUCCCGGUCGAUUCCGAUUCAAUCUCAAGGAUGAGGCACAUUUCAACUUCAACAUUAUUGUCGAUAUUAUAUAUAUUGACAAUAUGCCUCUCUUUUACGUUGUUAACGAAGCAACUCGCUUCCAAUCCGGCCGAUGGUUAAAAGAUAUCAGUGCUAAACACACCUGGGAUAUGCUGCGAAUGUGCUGGAUUGAUACCUACCUAGGCCCUCCAGACUUGAUCACACAUGACGCCGGGAAGAACUUUGUGAGCAAGGAAUUCAAGACCUAUGCAAAGACAAUAAAUAUUAGCACAAGAAGCAUACCCAUUGAAGCACACAACUCGAUAGGUAUGAUUGAGAGAUACCAUAGCCCACUGCGCCGAGCCUACCAGAUUAUCAUUGCUGAGAUCCCUGAUAUUGACAAAGAGAUCGCCCUUCAAAUGGCGUUUAAAGCUAUUAACGAUUCCGCGGGACCUGGAGUGGUCAAGCCAUAUUACUCAGAAGCUCCAGAAUCAGACCAAAUUGAUCAAACAGAAUACGGUAUUGAUAAAGAAUCACGCUCAGAUCCCGUAGAACCUCCAGAAGUACACUCAGGACCUAUCUUUAGGCGCUCCGGACGAACUCGAUUGCCUAACACAGACCGCAAACCCGCCCCUAUAUCCCUACAACCUGUGCAACUACAAAAACGAGGCCCAGGCCGCCCACGCAAGCAUCCUUUGCCCACAAAUGUCUUCUUGCAAACUGGGAGCGAUCCCGGUAUCCAACUAUAUCAUGUUUCAAGGCAAAAGGAGGUCAAUGGCCUGCUUGAAAAAGGGGUAUUUGAGUUCCUCAAAUCUGAAGACAUUCUACCAGGGACCAGACUUUUCAACUCACGCUUUGUUGACGAGAUCAAGAAUAAAGGAACAGAGAGAGCAUUCGAGAAAUCGCGACUGGUUAUACAAGCCUAUAAUGAUCAGGGAAAAGACCUAAUUCUUACGCAAUCUCCGACGAUCCAGCGAGUCAGCCAGCGCCUUAUUCUUUGCAUUGCUUCAAAUGCCACGUUCGCUGAAUCUGAAGAGAUUGAGUUACAGAAGGCUCAAUUUUUGGCUAAAGACCGCGAGAAGUUAACCAUUGAAAAACCUUUGAAGUUCAAUGGCAGCAUGGUCAAGCUAGAACCUGAUGGGAUUACUCUUAUCCAGGAGACCCAAUGUAUCAAACUAUUACCUAUUGGCAAGACAACCGCUCAGGCAUCAGGCACCCUAAAGGAUCGAUAUAUUGCAGAACGCGCAAGAGGUACCUAUAUUGCUUCUAUCUGCCAGCCAGAGGCUUCAUUCGACUUAUCAUUCGCUGCCCAAGUGAUCAACCCAAGCAAGGAAGAUGCUGAAUUCCUCAACAAGCGACUUAACUGGCAGCUAGAGAACGCCACCAGAAGCCUUAAAUAUGUCAAACUGGACCUGGAAUCUCUUUAA